AUGGCGCCAGAACCUUCUGAGUCCAACGUCAACACCUGUGAGAAUGAGACAUCUGAUGUCAAUGCUGGCUACGCAACAGAUCAAUCACAGAAUCAGCUCCGCCAUUCAACUCGUGCAUCUUCAGCAGUCUUGCCGCCAAACAUGGUGGCACCCUCCUCAGACUUGCCAUCCAAGAAGAAGUCUCGUACACAAGUCUAUCCUGGGACUGAAAAGAGCGACAAAGCUAGACCCAAGCCCAAGAAGUCAAAACGUGCAAGCGCGGCAUCUGAGUCCCAUUCAAAGGGUGCCAGUGAUGCACCCGGCACUGCCCUCAACUACAAGUGCCGGUGGUGUCAAAGAGUAUAUCGUCGACAAAAACUCUCGCACGGGAAUUUAAAGACCCACCGAGAUGGAUCAACACAAGAUGACAAGUCUGAUAAGGGUUGUACUGGCCGUAAUAAGGCCAAGAAGGCCGGUUUUGUUUUACCCCUCUCUAUAGCUGAACGCCGGGCUCUUGAGGCAAACAAUGGAGGCAAGGCCACCCAGCAAGGAAUCAAAGGAUUCCUUGAGUAUAAGCCGGCCUUUGUCAACAGGGUCUUGAAUCAACUUGUGAUGAUCUGGCAGAUCCGUCAGGCCUUGCCAUGGAGCCGCAUUGAGGAUCCUUUUCUUCGGGCUGCAUUUCAAUACAGGAACAGCAAGGCGCAACUCUACGGGCGGCGAUGGUCCGCUGAUGAAUCCAAGAAACUCUAUGAUAUGCUCAAAAGUCAUGUUUUUCAUGAGUUGAAUAACCUCAACACUCAGUUCACCCUCAUACAUGAUGUAUGGACGACGAAGGGAAACCGCUUUGCCUUCAUUGGUGCUGCUGUAGCUUUUAUCAACAACGAAUGGGAGUACACCGUCCGCCACUUGACUCUCAAGAUGAUCCCAUGGAAGCACGCUGGGCAUCUGUUGGCGCGUCCCAUUGCAAAACUCCUGAAGAAAAAUCAACUUUACAAAAAGAUCAAUUCCGGUUCCAACAACAAGACAAUGGCGAGUGCCAUGUACAGCUUGCUUCUAGGUGACAGCACAAAUACAACUGGUGGUUCUAGUUCAAACUGGGACCCAACAAGCAUGCACAUACAAUGCUUUUGCCACAAGUUGGCUCUCAUUGUCAAUGCUGGCCUUGCUGCGCUUGCACUCAAGACCCUCCCACCGUCAAAAGCCAAAGACUCUGUCUUAGGUUUCUCCCCAGUACUCGGCCGGCUGAUUGAGGAUGACGACGUUGAGGAUGGAGGGCCGUCUCAGCCUGUACCUGGGGCUGCAGUCGUGGCUGAUACAGCUGUUGUGUCAGGUAUAAACGUAGAUUCUGACAGUGAUUACGGGAAUGCGGAUGACAAAGGCUCUGAUUGUGAUGCACGUGACCCAAAAGAUUCCCAGCAAGAUGACUCAGAUGGCGAUGAAGCUGGUGGCACCCUUUCCAAAGAGACUCUAAGCUCAACCAACCCCAGAACUGCUGCUCGGAGCAAGCAUUCAAAGACCUCCAGACUACUUGAGCUGACGACUAAGCUUGAUGUGGUGAUCAAACAGAUCACCCGUUCAGCUGCCCAGAGGGCAAACUUUGAUUGGGUGGCUUGCGAACUCAAGGUCAAAGUACCCCCCUUAAUUGCCGGCUACGGGAUUCGCUGGAAUAUCAAGUACCAGAGUCACAAGAAAGCGAUUGAAGCUCGUGAGGUGAUAGAUCAAAUACUCAAAGAGGACCAACAGGAAGAUGGCGCUGGGGACUUUGGGGAAGCUUAUUUCUCUCCGCGGGAUUGGAAGGAGAUUGAUAAUCUCAAUCGUGAACUUGAGGUUUUUGUCAAGAUGACCGCCAACAUGGAAGGCAACUCGGCAACGGGAACUCAUGUUAUUCCAAAAUAUCUGGAACUCAAAGAGGACCUUGCGGCAAAAAUAUCGGCCUCAAAGGAAGCUUAG